CCCAUUAAAAAUGCCAUUAUUGAGUGAGAACUGCUGUUCCAUGUCAGUACAAAAUUCGUUCGUGAAAGUAUCAUUUCGAGAAAGAUGCCCCACAGACAUAGCCCCCACAAGAAGCCAGGACUGAAACUCAAAUCCAUUCCAUUUCCGAUAAAAAAGAAAAAGAAGAAGGUCGUCCUAGCCAAGAAGAAGCGCCAUGUCCUGCCUCCGGGGCUCACCUCGCGGGUAUUCCACGACAACUGCUGCCACUACAAGGUGCAAGAUCGAUGCCUGCGCCUCGACCAGCGCACCCGGGGCAUCCAGUGUCCAUCUGGAUGGUUUCCGGCCCCAGGAGUACCGCUGGCUGGUGAGGUGCGGCAUCCGAAUGUGGCUCCCCUGCCGGAGGCCGUCGUCAUCGAUAUGAGGAACCUCAUGGUAGCCGGCAAAAUGGUGAAGACCUUCAAGAAGACGCUGGUAAAGGUCCAUGUCCCAGACACCAGGAUAAAGGCGGACGACGAGGAGCUCCUGAGGAAGAUGCAGCGAAGGACGCUCCGGGUCGAGAGGAUAGGCAGGGAGCUGGCCCAGAACAGCGAAUCGGACUCGGAUAAUGAGUUGAUCUGAUUGGGAUUGGGAACCAAUCUUUGUAUCUGUCUUUGUAUCUGAAAAAUUUUCUAGUUUCUGUGCCUUUUUAAUAUUUUAUUUUUGUUGUAAAAUUCCAAGUGGAACUUCA